GCAUCACCAUUGUCGAUCAUGUUGUCCGUUCGUAUCGGUGCUUUCAACGAUAGUGAAUUGAGCGGAAGCGAUCAGUUUGAGUUGGACGAAGUCUUCAGAGUGUUCAUCCCGGGCAAGAAUCUCGUGCAGGUGGAAUGGGACAGCAUUUUCAUCGAGAAGUUCGGGAUAUUGCACAACAAAGGGGAAAAAUGCGAUGGUUGCGAUGGCGACGAAAUCGCGACAGGCCAGAUCCGGUGCUUGAUCGGUGCCGACUGUCAUCUCUGCAUCAAAUGUUACCAUAGCAACAAACACUUUCCGUCGCAUCCGUUCCGGACUUUCGGAAGCCACAGUAACGAUGGAAAUCACUUGACAUAUCAUUUGCCGGAGAGAAAAUACGCGAAGAUAGAGUUGGCGAGGAUAGUGAAAGCGUUUUGCGGAAGAUCGCUACCAGAGGGCGGUUUCGGUCUGAAAUUCUAUAAGAGCAUCAAGUUGAAGAGUCAGAAGAGCGCGCACGCGGCUCUCUUGAUUGGAGAACUUGCGUUCGCCAGAAAGUUGAUCCAAAGAGGAAUGAAUAUUGAUGCUCGCGACAGAGAUGGGGACAACCUCUUGCAUUACGCCGUUUUCGGUGGUCACUGCGAUAUCCUGCAAAUGCUGAUACGAUUCGGCGCGAAGUUGAACGCGACCAACAAGUUUAAACAUACGGCUCUCCAUUGCGCGUGCAGAUACAGCUCGAAGGAAUGCGUGAGAAUCUUGCUUGCAGCGGGUGCUGAUUAUCGGAUAAGAGAUCAGAAAGGAAACACGACUCUGCAUUUCGCCGCGAAAGGCGAUUGCUGGGAAAACAUGCAAUUGUUGAUCGGUGCUGGCGCCGAUCUGGAAGCGCUCAAUAAAUCGAACAAAACGGCUCUUCAUUUAGCCGUAGCCUACGAUUCUCGUAAAUGCUUUGAAAUCCUUUUGGCGGCCGGAGCAGAUCCGAACUGCGAGGAUAUCAAUGGUGAUACUCCUCUUCAUGUAUUAAGCGGGAAACCUCAUCAAGAAAUGUUUGAUCUUCUGUUGCGGAAAGAGCCGCAGCUGGAUGCAACCGAUGGGAUGGGACGCACCGCUCUUCAUAUAGCCGUGUCUUCGAAUUCUCGUAAAUGCGUUGAGCUUCUUCUGGAGGCUGAAGCAAACCCGGAUUGCGAGGAUAUCAAUGGCAAUACGCCUCUGCACUUUCUAUGCGCGAAUCCUCAACUUGAAGUGCUCGAUCUUCUGGUGAGGAAGAAUGUUAAAGUGGAUGCGAUUAACGGGUUGGGACGCACCGCUCUGCAUAUGGCCGUGAUCCAAAAUCGUGGACAAUUCGUCGAGGCUCUGAUGGGUGCAGGCGCUGAUCCCAAUUUCAAAGACUUGGAUGGAAACACUUCUCUGCAUCUGGCAGCUGAAAAUACGCCGGAGAUGAUGGAAACGCUCCUGAAAGCAGGGGCUAAAGUGAGCGAGAUUAACGGGAAAGGAUGGACGGCGCACGUUAUGCUCGCUCCAACUGGAUCCGAUGAGCAUCUUCAGCUGCUUCUGUCGGCGGGCGCCAAUCCCAACUACAGGACACGCGAAGGCGACAUCCUGCUGCACGACGCCGUCCGAAGAAAGAACGUGGAGCGAGUGAAAAUGCUGCUGAAAGCAGGCGCCAAACCGAACCUGAUCGAUCGUAACGGCAACGCACCUCUUCACAUCGCCAUUCAACGCUCGAAUUACCUGCAGAUGAUCGACGUGCUCUGCUCAGCUGAAGGAAUCAACUUUGGGGUGCGAAACAAGCUCGGACACAACCCUCUGCAGCAUGCAGCCGCUCACGGCAACGAGUACGCAGUCGAGAAGAUUCUUUCGAUCAAUUCUGAUAAGCAGUUCGUCGAUGCGAGGACCGAAGAGGACGGUUUCUCCGCUCUUCAUUUGGUGCAAAACAACAAGGCAAUAGUAGAGAUGUUGAUCAACAAAGGCGGCGCCAAUAUCGAGUUGAGGAGUCGCAAAGGACACACGCCUCUUCAUCAGGCCAUCAUCAAGCGUUACCUCAAAGUCAUCGAGAUUCUGAUCCAAUUUAGAGCCGACUUGAACGCGGUCAACGAUAACGGUAACACCUGCAUUGACAUGGCUCUGGCCGCCAAAAGAAACGUCUCCGAGCACGAGUUGGAUCAAUCGCCGACCAUCAAGGCGAUCUACGAUUCUCUACCUGAAGAAGUCUUGGAUACGAAAUGCGGUAUAGCCAUCAGCUGCUAUUUGUUAAAGCACGGCACAGAUUACAAUGCCAAUAAAUCUGCGAUACAACAUCUGGAUGCGAACAGCAGGAACGUGUUGAGGAGUUACAAAUCGCAGGUCGAGUGUAAUUUCUGUAUGGAUUUCACUGAUGAGAACGUGUAUCUGGAGCCGUGCAAGCAUUCUCCAGCUUGCGUCCACUGCACAUCGUUCAUGAUGAAGUGCAUGAUUUGCGGCGUCUCCGUUAAUAAAAAAAUCAGAGAGGACGGUACAGUUCUGCAGGAAGCGAAAAAUACGACCGGCGAUGAGAGGGUGACGCAGUUGGAGAUGAAACUCGCUGAGUAUCAGAAAGUUCACGAGAGUUUGAAGUGCAGCCUUUGCAAGGAAUGCAGGAAGAACAUAAUGUUCAUCUGCGGACACGGCACCUGCUUCAAAUGUGCAGACACCUUGACGGAUUGUCACGAAUGCGGAUCGACGAUUACGAGAAAAAUAAUCAUCUAUUAAUUUCAAUUUAACAAUGAAUCAAAAUCGACUUAAGUUGGUACAUUGUACAAUUGCAUCUGUCAGUCAAAUUGCUCUAAUUAAUACCAACUUAAAACAAUGGAUCUCAUAAUGUUGGUAGAUGUUUAUGUCUUAA